GCCAUUUCUUCUUUUUCGCUUUAUAGUUUUACAUAAUUUGCUCUCAACUCUUCUGUAUUCCGAUAUCACAGACAUCAAGAUAGGGGUUUUGAGGCUAAUAUUGAAUCCCCCCUUGGUCAUAUUCGGUUAACGAUUUCACUUGCCACAGCCCCUUCACUGCUGACGAUCUCGAUCUGCAUUGGGAUUCCUCAAGUUCCUCCGUUCACGUUCUUUAUUAUUCCUACCUUGCAAAAAGCAUGCUUUCUGGCAGCGCUGCAUCGCAUGGCGACACCGCCGCCACGCACCAGUUCAGCUUCGAGGGCGAGUCUGGUCUUAGCAAGGGGCUCGACUGGAUGAUGCCAGACUUUGGCUCCUCCAAGCUCAGCAUCCCGGAUCUCGGCAACCCGCGCACCGACAAGACCAGUGACGCCCAUUCUGAGGAUUCCGAGGAGCCCGAGGCCACGCCGAUAGUGCAAGCGGCUAUAUGCAAGAACACUGCCAUUGAUUCUACUGCCACCGAGCCGUCGCCGGCUGCCAGCACCGAGACCGCGUCAUCAAAGGCCACCUCGGAGGGAAUUGCCGUGGAGGAGCCUGAGCUGGUGGCUACCGCGCCAGCGCGUGUUAUUGUGGCAAAGCCAGAGCAGCCUAUGGAGCCAGAGGAGCCAGAGGAGCCAGAGGGAGGCGCCAGGGAGACCAAAGAUGCCGAGAACAAUGGCUUUGACCAGUCCCACCACCACUACGAUUCUAUUACCUUCUCGUACGCCGCUCUGAAAAGCUCGCCGGCAGGUGAGGCUGCAGCGGAGCCGCCUGUAGAAGCAAAGGACCAGCCACCCGUCCAGGAAGAGACCGUGGAUACCAAGUCGGAUGAGGAUGCUCCGAUUGAUACCGAAAAGCGUGCUUCUCUGAUCGAAACCACCCCAGUGGCUGAUGAGUCCGGUGCAGAGCCCCAGGAUGCCACGGCUGCAGUUGUGCUGCCCGGUGGGGUCUCAGACUCAGCUAGUGAUUCCAGCGAUAGUAGUGUGGAGGCGCCAAGCAAUGCGGGGGAUGUAGUCCAGGCCGCCACUGCAUCGGUUACGUCGGGCAGCGAGGAGAGCCUUGUAGUACCGCCGGCUGCUGUGCCGGAGCCAGCCACCAGCGUGCUUGCCGAUUUCGAUAUAUUCAACUUUGACAACAGCACAUCGAUGGCUACUGAUCCCACUGCCAACAUGUUCUCCAUUACAAUCCCUGCUGAAGCGGCUGUUGACGCCCCAGUAUCCGGAUCCAAGCGCGCUUCGAUGCAUGAGGCUGAAAAGUCCCAGGAGGAAGAGGAGGCGAAGGAUGACCAGGGAAAGGAGGAAGCUGGCUGCGAGGUUGCGCAGCCAAAGCAUGAUAUGCCCAGCUCUCAACCAGUGUCGCCACAGCCAGAUGGCAAUCGGCCGACAUCGCCUGCCAGCUACAGAUCGCGUGCCAGGAGCCGUCGCGGAAGCCUUGCCAGUGCCUUGGCCCGGGAGGGUAGCCGCCAUGCAGAAACCAAGCUACAGAAGGCGCUGAGUGGCAACGAACUGCGGAAGACAUCUAUUGCCAAAGAAACCACUCCCGAAGCUAGUCCUGAACAGGGCCCCGAAGCGGCCCCCAAGACUAUCUCUGAAACAGCCCCCACCGCAACUCAGCCAAAACAAAGUAUUGGCGGGGCAAGCGAGCCCGUCCAAGCGAGGCCCGAGCGCCUGCCCGCCGCCCAGGAGCGCCGCGCGCAGACCGCAAAGUCGCGGCUCGGCACAAUUGGCCACACCAACCAAGGGCUGCAGCGCCAGCCGUCGCGCAUCUUGAGCGGGCUGUCUCGCAGAAUGCAGUCUGUCCGGCACACAACCUCGAUGGUUCUGCGGCGUACUGCACGCCCGAUUUUUGCGCCCCGGAAUGAGCGCUCAGCCGACAAUCUGCGGCCCAAGACUGUAGACGCACGCGUGGAUGCCGACAAUGAUGCGCCGCCUAGGUACCUGGCAUCCGAAGACAGCGACAAAAACAUCGAUGGGUCGGACUUUGACCACGAUGGGUUUGAUGGCAAGAUGUCGGUAGAGAUGGCCGCCAUGCAUAGGGGUGCAAAGAAUGUCACCAGUACGGCUGUUGCUCGUGCUGGACUCGGAACCCUGAGCGGCAGACUGAACACGUUAAAGCGGUCGACCAGCGUUGUUGUUAGGAACAGCAUGACUCGUGCAAAGAGCCUGUUUGUACCCAAGAGAUCGCCUGGUGUUGCUGUUUAGAGCUGGCAGCUCUGCUGAAAUCCCUUUUACUACCUUUCUACUAUUCACCACACUAUCUUUCCCCACGCCAUUCCAACAAAUCUCCCUAAUAACUUCUCUCCUCUAUUUGACACUUCUAAUAUCGCUACAUGGCCUGUGGCCCUUUAGGCGAGAGGACUGCUGAAGAACGCAAAACAAAAUUUUUCCAUAUGUC